AUGGCACUGCUCGGCGAAAACAUCAGAGGCAAUGUCUUACACAUACUUACUCUGGCUGCAGCCUUUAGCCUCGUCCUUACAAGCCCGGCAACAGCACCUACGGAGCCAAGUCCAGGGGUUAUAGCGAAUACAACAAUACUUCCAGGCCCCGGUGACAAAUAUUGCGAUACUGACGGCAGUGACUUUGAAAACGGAUCGUCAUCCGCCUCCCCUUUGAUCGAAGACUGCGGCAACCUGUCUUCCAUUAUGACUUCCGCGCCCAACGACGAUAACCCUUAUGGCUGGUGGGAAGUACAACACUGCACGCCAAACUGCAAGUGGUGGCUAGCCAAGUAUCAGACUUGCGAAUUCGGUGUCAGUGCAGACGGACCGUUCGGAGCGUACAAGCUUGGUAUAACGAGAGUCGACAUUGCUGCAAUACUCGAUCUGAGCAUUGAGAAGUUUAGCUGGUACAAGCAGGUUGGCGCAAGUGGAGACAUGCAGUGUAAUAUCAUGAACGGAGCGGAUGAGCCGACCGGUGAGCAGCAUGGGAUGUCAUGGUCUAUAGCUCAUACGUAA